AGUUGGUUGUAAAUCAGAUUGAAUCUGGAGGAUGUUUGGCUCCUCGAACUGCCAUGUUCUCAGUAAAAUCCUUGUUCUUCCAUUCGGUUUUCCCUUCCGAUUCUCCAUUCUCUCUUUCAAUUCUCAAUUCUCUCUUAGUUUUUAGCAGAUCAAUUAGACUGUUACACAUGGCGUCAUUGACAAGAGAACUCCGAGCUUCGCGUUGUCAAUGCCAACUACCUCCACCUUUCCAUAAAUAUUCAGGCUCGCUCGACAGCCUAGAUGAUCUUGUUCAACGGCUUCACAGAUGAAGAGGGGAGGAUAGUCGAGAAAGGGCCAAACAAAAAUUGGAAUAGGCGGAGGUAAUAUUUUCUGACUUGGUCAAUCGUUCCUUUCUUUGGAUCAAACAAGCUUACUCUUUCGAUGGACCAACCAAGCUUAAGCUUAAGCAAGCUUUCCAAAGCUCUGUUCAAGAACACCAACAAUCCCAAGCUGGCAUGGCACCUCUUCAAGCGCAUUUUUCUCUCCUCACCUACCUCCUCGUCCUCUCACCACUGUCUUCGAUUGAUGCCCGUCAUCGCUCGUAUCCUUAUUCAUGCGCAAAUGCACUGCGAAAUCGAUAACCUUCCCGAGCUCCUCUUCUCCUCGCAGCCCAUCGAAACUUCUCACCCUUGUCUCGUUUCCCUCGUCCAAAUCUUGGCCAAGUCGGGUCUCGUCGAUGAGGCCGUUUCCCAGUUCAAGUCCAUUCGAACCAGGUUCCCGGAAAAGGUUCCUUCGGUAUUUUUGUACAAUUUGCUUCUUGAGUCCUCCUUAAGGGGAGACCGUGUAGAUUUUGUGACAUGGUUGUAUAGGGAUAUGAUUGUUGCCGGGAUUAGCCCAGAAACUUAUACUUUUAAUCUUUUGAUACGUGCAUUGUGUGAUUCGGGUCGUUUGGAGGAGGCCCGGGAGGUGUUUGAUAGAAUGUCUGAAAAGGGUUGUCCACCAAAUGAGUUCAGUGUUGGUAUUUUGGUUCGUGGGUAUUGUAGAGCUAGGCUUGCUAUCCAAGGCUUGGAGCUUUUAAAUGAGAUGAGGGGUUCUAGUGUCUUGCCCAACAGGGUUGUGUACAAUACUUUGAUAUCUAGCUUUUGUAGAGAAGGUAGGACUGAUGAAGCUGAGAGAUUGGUAGAGAAAAUGAGAGAGGAUGGUCUGUUUCCAGAUGUUGUUACUUUCAAUUCUAGGAUAUCGGCACUUUGUAGGGCGGGGAAAAUACUAGAGGCUUCUAGAAUUUUUAGAGAUAUGCAAAUUGACGAAGAAUUAGGGUUGCCUCGGCCAAACAUCAUAACGUAUAAUUUAAUGCUAGCAGGGUUUUGCAAGGAAGGAAUGUGGGAGGAAGCAAAGACCUUGUUUGAGUCUAUGCAAAAAGUUGGUGAUUUUGUAAGUUUGGAGAGUUAUAAUAUAUGGUUGUUGGGUUUGGUCAGGACUGGGAAGCUCUUAGAGGUACGGUCGAUUCUGAAAGAAAUGGUAGAUAAAGGCAUUGAACCAAAUAUUUACUCUUACAACAUCGUGAUGGAUGGGCUAUGCAAAAAUGGGAUGCUCUCUGAUGCAAGAAUGGUUAUGGGCUUAAUGGUAAGUAGUGGGAUUCCCCCGGAUGCAGUAACUUAUAGUACUUUACUACAUGGGUACUGUAGUAAGAGGAAGACAUCUGAGGCCAAUAAUAUUCUCCAUGAGAUGAUCAAUAGGGGUUGUUUCCCAAAUACCUAUACUUGCAACAUUUUGCUGCACAGCCUAUGGAAAGAGGGGAGAACAUCAGAAGCAGAGGACAUGCUGAAAAAGAUGAACGAAAGACAUUAUGGCUUAGAUACUGUGACAUGCAAUAUUGUGAUUGAUGGUCUAUGUAAUAGUGGGAAAUUGGACAAAGCAAUUGAAAUUGUGAAUGGGAUGUGGACUCAUGGAAGUGCUGCUCUUGGUAACCUAGGGAACUCAUUUAUAGGCCUAGUUGAUGAUAGUAAUAAAUGGAAGAGAUGCAUGCCUGAUUUGGUCACCUACUCAACAAUAAUUGGUGAGUUAUGCAAGGCUGGGAGGCUUGAUGAAGCUAAACAGAAGUUCACUGAGAUGGUGAGGAAAAACUUGCUUCCAGAUUCUGUGAUUUAUGAUACUUUUAUAUAUACUUUCUGUAAACGAGGAAAGCUAUCAUCUGCAUUUCGAGUUCUCAAGGACAUGGAGAUAAAAGGUUGCAACAAGAGCCUUCAAACUUAUAACUCAUUGAUUUUGGGCUUAGGGAGUAAAAAUGAAAUAUUUGAAAUAUAUGGGCUGAUGGAUGAGAUGAGAGAAAGAAGAAUUUCUCCAAAUGUUUGCACAUAUAACAACAUAAUUAGCUGUCUUUGUGAUGGAGGAAAAGUGAAAGAUGCCACCUCUCUUUUAGAUGAAAUGAUGCAAAAGGGCAUAUCCCCUGAUAUAUCUUCCUUCAGAAUAUUAAUCAAAGCUUUCUGCAAGGUGUGUGAUUUUGAAGUUGCAAUGGAGAUAUUUCAGAUUGCUCUGAGUAUAUGUGGCCACAAGGAAGCCUUAUAUAGUUUGAUGUUCAAUGAGUUACUUGCUAGAGGUGAAGUUUCCGUAGCUAAAGAUCUGUUCCAAGCGGCAUUGGAUAGGACUUUUGAUGUGGGGAACUUCCGGUACAAAGAUCUUAUUGAUGGACUCUGCAAGGAUAAAAAGUUAGAUGAUGCUAGUGGGAUUCUUCAUAAAAUGAUCGAUAUAGGAUAUGGAUUUGAUCCUGCAUCGUUCAUGCCAGUGAUUGAUGGCUUGGGUAAAAGGGGAAACAAGCAUGAGGCUGAUGAACUUGCAGAGAGGAUGAUGGAAAUGGCUUCAAAAGGUAGGGUUGAGAAUAAGGUUUAUCGAAAUCAGAGGGAGAUAAUCCAAGGAAAACCAAACAAGUAUAGGAGAAUUGAUUGGCAGACCAUACUUCACAGAGAUGAUGGCAGUGGAAUUGUACUGAAAGCUCUUAAGCGGGUACAAAGAGGCUUGGAUCAGGGUAGUAUAUCAAGUUUGCAACCCCAUAAAAUUGAAGUUCUCGAUUAUUGGGAUGGUGGUGGUUAAAUUCAUUAACUCUUUGGGGUCAAUGCUCAAGAUUUAAAGAGAUUAUAGGAAAGCAGAAUGUCAAAAUUGAUCUUUCUAUAAGAUCCUUGCUUGCAAAGAGGUAGUGUACUUCUCCUGAAAAAGUAUUCGGCCGAUCAAGACUUCAUUGAAAGUAGCUUUCUUCGCUUGGACGGCAGCAUUAGGGAAGAUCCUUACCAUGGACAACCUCAAAAACAGGCGUGUUAUUGUGAUUGAUAGAUGUUGUAUAUGCAAAACAAAUAGGGAGUCUGUGGAUCAUUUUCUUCUCCAUUGUGAGGUUGCACACACUCUAUGGGAUGCUAUCUUUAGUUGCUUUAGUCUGUCUUGGAUUAUGCCUCUUUGGGUGGUAGAUUUAUUCGUUUGCUGGUGAACGGGUGGUCACUCUCGGAAUACUGUUGUAUGGAAGAUGGUUCAUUUUUGUCUUUUAUGGUGCUUGUGGAGGGAACGUAAUGAUAGACAGUUCGAGGACAAAGAAAGGACGACUGAGGAGCUUAUUACUUUUUUCUUCUUUUUUUUGUACUCUUGAACUGCUAUAUUCCUAGCUCCUUUAGUGAUUUUCUUGUUCUUUUUUCUUCUCCUUCUUAGCCGCUUUUCUUGUAUAUUCCCUGUGUACUUAAUUAUGCUUUGUGUUUUUUAAUGAUAUCUUUCUUACUUAAAAAAAUAAAAUAAAUAAAUAAUUGAAGUUGUUAGAAGAA